AUGGCGCACAUGGAACGCUUCCAGAAGGUGUACGAGGAGGUUCAGGAGUUCCUACUCGGCGAUGCGGAGAAGCGCUUCGAAAUGGAUGUCCACCGCAAGGGCUACCUGAAGUCUAUGAUGGACACUACGUGCCUCGGCGGCAAGUACAACCGAGGUCUCUGCGUCGUGGACGUGGCGGAGGCGAUGGCGAAGGAUACGCAGAUGGAUGCGGCUGCGAUGGAGCGCGUUCUGCACGACGCGUGUGUGUGCGGCUGGAUGAUCGAGAUGCUGCAGGCCCACUUCCUUGUGGAGGACGACAUCAUGGACCACAGCAAGACUCGCCGCGGCAAGCCGUGCUGGUACCUGCACCCCGGCGUGACCGCGCAGGUGGCCAUCAAUGACGGUCUCAUUCUGCUGGCCUGGGCGACGCAGAUGGCACUGCACUACUUCGCCGACCGCCCGUUCCUCGCCGAGGUGCUGCGUGUUUUCCACGACGUCGAUCUCACUACCACGAUUGGUCAGCUGUACGACGUCACGUCGAUGGUGGACUCAGCGAAGCUGGACGCCAAAGUGGCGCACGCCAACACGACGGACUACGUCGAGUACACACCCUUUAACCACCGCCGCAUCGUUGUGUACAAGACCGCCUACUACACCUACUGGCUGCCGCUGGUGAUGGGCCUUCUGGUGAGCGGGACACUGGAGAAAGUGGACAAGAAGGCGACGCACAAGGUGGCCAUGGUGAUGGGCGAGUACUUUCAGGUGCAGGACGACGUGAUGGACUGCUUCACCCCGCCCGAGAAGCUUGGCAAAAUCGGCACCGACAUUGAAGACGCCAAGUGCUCGUGGCUCGCUGUCACCUUCCUGACGACCGCCCCGGCCGAGAAGGUCGCGGAGUUCAAGGCCAACUACGGCUCCACUGAUCCGGCCGCGGUCGCCGUUAUCAAGCAGCUUUACACCGAGCAGAACCUGCUCGCCCGCUUCGAGGAGUACGAGAAGGCCGUUGUGGCGGAGGUCGAGCAGCUCAUCGCUGCGCUGGAGGCGCAGAAUGCCGCCUUCGCGGCUAGCGUGAAGGUGCUUUGGAGCAAGACUUACAAGCGCCAAAAGUAA